AUGCUGUCCAACUCCCAAGGCCAGACUCCUCCGGUGCUGUUUCCCAACCCGCCGCCGCCGCCGCCGCCGCAGCCCCCCGCCCCAGCGCAGCCGCACCCCCCAGCACCGCCGCCGCCGCAGCCCCCGCAGCAGUUCCCCCAGUUCCACGUCAAGUCUACCCUGCAGAUUAAGAAGAACGCCAUCACCGACGACUACAAGGUCACCACCCAGGUCCUGGGACUGGGCAUCAACGGGAAUGUUUUGCAAAUUUUCAACAAGAGGACCCAGGAAAAAUUCGCCCUAAAAAUGCUCCAGGACUGCCCGAAGGCACGCAGGGAGGUGGAGCUGCACUGGCGGGCCUCCCAGUGUCCGCACAUCGUCCGCAUCGUGGAUGUCUAUGAGAAUCUGUACGCAGGGAGGAAGUGCCUGCUGAUCGUCAUGGAGUGUUUGGAUGGUGGAGAACUCUUUAGCCGCAUCCAGGACCGAGGUGACCAGGCGUUCACAGAAAGAGAAGCGUCAGAAAUCAUGAAGAGCAUCGGGGAAGCCAUCCAGUAUUUGCACUCAAUCAACAUUGCUCAUCGGGAUGUUAAGCCCGAGAACCUCUUGUACACCUCCAAAAGGCCCAAUACCAUCUUGAAACUCACAGAUUUUGGAUUUGCCAAGGAAACUACCAGCCACAACUCUUUGACCACUCCUUGUUAUACGCCAUACUACGUGGCUCCAGAAGUGCUGGGCCCAGAGAAGUAUGACAAGUCAUGUGACAUGUGGUCCUUGGGUGUCAUCAUGUACAUCCUGCUUUGUGGAUAUCCCCCUUUCUAUUCCAACCACGGCCUUGCCAUCUCUCCGGGCAUGAAGACUCGCAUCCGAAUGGGCCAGUAUGAAUUUCCCAACCCAGAAUGGUCAGAAGUAUCGGAGGAAGUGAAGAUGCUCAUCCAGAACCUGCUGAAAACAGAGCCCACUCAGAGGAUGACCAUCACGGAGUUUAUGAACCACCCCUGGAUCAUGCAAUCAACAAAGGUCCCUCAGACUCCACUGCACACUAGUCGCGUCCUGAAGGAAGACAAAGAGCGGUGGGAGGAUGUCAAGGAGGAGAUGACCAGUGCCUUGGCCACAAUGCGUGUGGACUACGAGCAAAUCAAGAUAAAAAAAAUUGAAGACGCAUCCAACCCUCUGCUUCUGAAGAGGCGGAAGAAGGCUCGGGCCCUGGAGGCUGCAGCCCUAGCCCACUGA